GCCCGGGCUGUCCCGUGCAAGGCAGAGGGCUCUGCCCUUCCCCACGGGCCAGUCCAGCUCUCCCCCACGCGGGAGCCCACCUCGAUGGCAGGGCGCCCGGGCCGGCACCACCACGAGCUCCCCCAUGGCUCCGCCCACGCCCCCCGCGGAGCCCACCGGGCACACCUGCCACCCCGUGGCAGCAGCCAAUCCCGGCUCGCUCCGCCCAUUGUGACGUAACAAUGCCUGGCUGUGGAACUGGGUACAAAGGGGUGGAUUCCAGGCCGGUUACUCGCGCCGCAUGCGGCCCUUGAGGUCCUGGGCGCUGCUCCAUGAAGCCAUGCUCUUGAGGGGGAGCUGGAGCCCAUCGCCUCUGCGCUGCAGGGGGCUCAUCCAAGCCCUGAAGGCCCCCCACUCUUCCUCUCUCUCUCUCUCUCUCUCACACACACGCCCUCCCCCUGUGCCUAGCUAGGCGCAGAGCCCAGGCCUUAAGCACCCAGGUGGGAUGGGCUCCCCCAGCAAAGCACAGACUCGUGUCUGGGCCUCUUGCGGGCUCAGAUCAAAGGUAGUCCUAUGCUUGCUUGGCAGGGGAAGCACUGUGACCACAGAGGCAGUCUUCCAAGUCGCUCCCGAGGAAGACCGCUCUCCUGGCACAGGGAUAGCACCUGCCAAGCUAUGUUCGUUCAGUGUGGGAAUGUUGCUGAAUUAAAGGACUGCAUUUACUACUAGGAGAAUCAGAUUAGAUUACAAAGGGAUAAGUCAGACAGCCCUGAAGUUAUAGUGCUAAUAUACACAAAACUUGACUUUUGUGAGAGUUACACUUUUAAGGAGAACAGGAUAAGGCCAUAUCCAUCUAACCAUGAAGGUAGGUGUGAUUAACACCCAGCACUCCUAUGUAAACAUACCCACAGUGACAGUAGAAGACACAGACAUGGACAAAGAACUAACAGAGAGCAGAGAAAGCAGGAAACCAUAUAUGCAUGGUGGCACUGCACUCUACAAUGUUAACAACAACAGUAAUAAAGAUGAAGAAGAGAAAAAGAAAAAGAAAAAAGAAAAGAAGAGCAAGUCUGAAGAUAAAAAGAAAAAGGAUCCAGAUGCACAAAAAAGCAAGGGAAAAAAGGAAAAACAUAAAACUAAAGAAAAAGAUAAAGAAAAAAAUAAAGAUAAAGAAAAAGAUAAAGAAAAAGUUAAAGAUAAAGACAAAGAUAAGAAGAAAGAAGAGGAGAAGAAAGACAUUUUUGUUAUUGACCCAGCAGGAAAUACAUAUUACAACUGGCUGUUCUGUAUCACGAUGCCUGUCAUGUACAACUGGACCAUGAUCAUUGCUAGAGCCUGCUUUGAUGAACUUCAGAAUGACAACUUAACCAUGUGGUUCUUUUUGGAUUAUUCUUCAGAUAUUAUCUAUAUUGCUGACAUGUUUGUACGGACAAGAACAGGGUACCUGGAGCAAGGCUUGUUGGUGAGAGAAGAAAAGAAACUCAGAGAGAAAUAUAAGGCAUCUUCCCAAUUUAAACUAGAUUUCUUCUCAGUCGUACCAACUGAUCUACUGUACUUCAAGUUAGGGCUGAACUACCCAGAGUUAAGACUAAAUAGAUUGCUUAGAGUAGGUCGAAUGUUUGAGUUCUUUCAGCGAACAGAAACAAGGACAAACUACCCAAAUAUCUUCAGGAUCUCUAAUCUUGUCAUGUACAUUGUGAUUAUUAUUCACUGGAACGCUUGUGUCUACUACUCAAUCUCCAAAGCAAUUGGAUUUGGGGCAGACACUUGGGUCUAUCCUGACACUUCUGAUCCUGAAUUUGCUCGCCUGAUUAGAAAAUAUGUAUAUAGCCUCUACUGGUCAACACUAACAUUGACCACUAUUGGUGAAACACCUCCUCCUGUAAAGGACUCUGAAUACUUUUUUGUAGUUGCUGACUUCUUGGUUGGAGUACUGAUCUUUGCUACUAUUGUUGGUAAUGUUGGCUCAAUGAUUUCCAAUAUGAAUGCAGCCAGAGCAGAGUUUCAAGCAAGGAUUGAUGCCAUUAAACAGUAUAUGCAUUUUCGAAAUGUGAGUAAAGACAUGGAAAAAAGAGUUAUCAAGUGGUUUGACUACCUGUGGACGAAUAAAAAGGCAGUGGAUGAAAGGGAAGUUUUGAAGUAUCUACCAGAUAAACUAAGAGCAGAGAUUGCAAUCAACGUUCAUUUGGAUACAUUGAAGAAAGUCCGGAUCUUUGCAGAUUGUGAAGCUGGCUUGUUGGUUGAAUUAGUCUUAAAACUCCGGCCUCAAGUCUACAGUCCUGGAGAUUAUAUUUGCCGGAAGGGGGAUAUUGGACGAGAAAUGUAUAUUAUCAAAGAAGGCAAACUUGCUGUGGUAGCUGAUGAUGGAAUUACACAAUUUGUGGUUCUUAGUGAUGGCAGCUACUUUGGGGAGAUUAGCAUUCUUAAUAUCAAAGGUAGCAAAGCUGGCAAUCGAAGAACAGCCAACAUUAAAAGCAUUGGGUACUCAGAUUUGUUUUGUCUCUCUAAAGAUGACCUCAUGGAGGCUUUAACAGAGUACCCAGAUGCAAAGGCCAUGCUGGAAGAGAAGGGUAAGCAAAUCCUGAUGAAGGAUGGCCUACUGGAUUUAGAAAUUGCAAGUUUAGGAGCUGAUCCAAAAGAUGUGGAUGAGAAGGUCACAUUUAUAGAAGGGGCAGUGGACAGGUUACAAACAAAACUUGCAAGGCUUUUGGCUGAGUAUGAUGCUGGACAGCAGAAACUGAAAAAGAGACUGACAAAAGUUGAGAAAAUCCUGAAACGAAGCACGGAGCUUGAAUUUUCAGAUUUAGAAGACUUAGAACCUGGAGGUUCUAAACAAGAAUAAAAUACAGGGGAUUGCUGCUGGCAGCUACAGCCAAAUCACGCAAGGGUCCCCAAGUCCUUGCAGGAUAUCGCUCUUUAUUAUAAAUAACUAUUUGGUCAUGCAACAUCUCUCAUUUCCUGUUAGGCAACAGACAUAGGUGACGAGCAUGAGGAACAAAAAAGGUGAAGAUUCAAGGCUAAGGGUGGAGUAUAAUGUAUCACUUAUGCAAGACAAUGUGAAUGAGCUCAUUCUUUAUAUAACAUUAUUAUACAACAAAUGUAUUUAAUCUACAUACUGUAAUACAUUGGCACCCAUGUCAAGUUAUACUACAGAAUAUAUAUUUUUUCUAAUUUUCUUCUCAUAUAAAUAUGGGAAAAAGGAAAUCUUUGGUAACAUUUUUAUUUGUUAUCUGAAGUCUGUAUACGUAUGUAUCAUAUAUGAUGAUACUACAAUAACUUGUAUACAAAUAAGCAUAUUAAAAUAUAUUUAUUGAUUAUAUAUCUAUAGCUAUAGAUAUAGAUAUAUAUGAGAUACAGUCCAGUAACUAACCUUGGAGUAUUAUGUAAUGACAAUUGUUCAACAUUUGCAGUGAGACUUGCAUCUAAUGGUGAUAGCUGGGAAUCAUGGAAAAUUAUUUAGC